AUGUCAUUAUUGAGUCGCGGGUCCAGCAUUUCGUCGUCUGCUUUUGAUUUGAGCCAAGAUCGCCGGGUGCCAGAGCCUCCAUCGGACUCUGUUUCAUGCGUCGCAUUUUCUCCUGUUGCCGACGUGCUCAGUGUCGCGUCGUGGGACAACAAGGUGCGCAUAUACGAGGUCAACCCGUCGACGGGCGACUCGCAGGGCAGAGCUAUUUAUGAACACCAGGCACCCGUUUUGAGUACGUGCUGGCUCACUGAUGGCAGCAAGGUUGUGAGCGGAGGCUGCGAUAACGCGGUUAGAGUCUACGAUCCGCAGGCAGGCCAGGCCAUCCAGAUUGGCAGCCACGAUGCUGCGGUCAAAAGCGUGUGCUCGGUCCAGCUCGGUUCUCCAAUGGUUGCUUCGGCUAGUUGGGAUAAAACACUGAAAUACUGGGAUCUGAGACAGCCCACGCCUGUUUCUACUGUACAAUUGCCCGAGCGGGCCUAUAUCAUGGACACGCAAAAAACCCUGCUUGUAGUGGGUUGUGCUGAGCGCCGGCUAGCCAUAAUUGAUUUGAACAGUCCACAGACUAUCUAUCGUGCGUCUGAGUCGCCUCUGAAAAUGCAGACUAGAUCGAUCGCUUGUAUGCCCGAUGGCACCGGAUACGCAAUUGCUUCCAUCGAGGGCCGCUGUGCAAUUCAGUAUGUGGACGAUGCAAAACAAUCUGCCAGUGGCUUUUCUUUCCGUUGCCACCGCAGUCCCGUCACUACCCCCAAAGUUGGCGACAAUAUCUUUGCAGUGAAUGCAAUCUCCUUCAACCCGGGUUAUGGCACCUUCUCGACGGCUGGCUCCGACGGCACAGUGCAUUUCUGGGACAAAGAGGCCAAAUUCCGGCUGCGCUACUCAGAACCAGUGGGCGGUGCCAUCACCUCCACUUCGUUCAAUAAAAACGGGUUGCUUUUUGCCUACGGUAUUAGCUAUGACUGGUCUAAGGGGUACCAGAGUAACACAGUAAAUUAUCCCACCGAAGUCCGGGUUCGCGUGGUCAAGGAAAUGGAGGUCAAGCCACGCCCCAAGAAACGCUAA